GAAGCGAUGCGUAAAAGGCUUUUUCCCACCUGUUGCAUCGGGUGCAAAAGCACUUGUGCUUUUUUUUUCACCAUCGGUUGCAAAUGUACCGACAUCUGUAGAGAGUACGCUCGUAACAUUAUCCUCAGCUGAUAUAUUGCCUCUCUAGUUGUAGAUGUCGCCAGGUACGAAUUGGAAACCAUCGCGAAAAAGCACCUUGCGGCAAUCGAAUAUGCUCACGUUAAUUUACCUGAUGCUUUUCGCAAUUGUUGCCGCUUGCCUGUGCCAAGAGCAAUUCUGCUCGGUAGAUGCGACCAACGACGCAAGAUCCUGUAAAGAGAGUGAAAAUGUUGACCACCGCAAGUCAUUGUACACGAAAGGUGGAGGAACGAGUGAAAGAUACGAGAAAUAUCUAGCGGCGAUUCGUAACGCCGAACUAAACUACGAGGAGUGCAACAACACGAAGCACCAGUGUUUUCGAGAUGUCAUCUCGCGAGACUUAAGACCUUUCCGAAAGAAGGGCAUCAGUGAAGAGAUGAUUGAAGCUGCUAGAACUAGGGGCACCUUUUAUCAAAUAAUCAAAGGUAAAUUAUACAGAGAGAAAGACUGCAUGUUUCCAGCUAGAUGUGCCGGAAUUGAACAUUUCUUGUUAAAGAUAAUUGCCAAUUUGUCAGACAUGGAUUUAGUUAUAAACACCAGAGAUUAUCCACAAUCCAGCGAAUAUUUUGGAAAUGCAAUGCCCAUCUUUUCAUUUAGCAAGACACCACAAUAUUAUGAUAUUAUGUAUCCAGCAUGGGCAUUUUGGGAAGGUGGUCCAGCUAUAUCGUUGUAUCCGCGUGGUCUUGGCAGAUGGGACCGACAUCGUAAUUCAUUGAAUAAGGCAAGCCUCGAGAUCCCAUGGGAAAAGAAAGAGAGCAGAGGAUUCUUUCGUGGCUCUAGAACGAGCUCGGAGCGCGACGACUUGAUCUUAUUGAGUCGUAAUAAGCCGCAUCUAGUAGAUGCUCGAUAUACCAAGAAUCAAGCCUGGAAAUCUAACGAGGAUACUUUGCACGCAACACCAGCUUCGGAAGUAUCUUUAGAGUCGCAUUGCGCCUAUAAAUAUUUGUUCAAUUUCCGGGGCGUCGCAGCUUCCUUUCGACAUAAACACCUAUUUCUCUGUCGAUCGUUGGUUUUUCACGUCGGCGACGAAUGGCUGGAAUUCUAUUAUUAUGCCAUGAAACCAUGGCUUCAUUACAUACCUGUUCCUAAAAAUGCACAUCGACAAGAGUUGGAGGAUUUGAUUGAAUUUGCACAGAACAAUGACCAUCUGUCGAAAAAGAUUGCUUAUCGCGGAAGAGACUUUAUAUGGAAUAAUUUGCGAAUGGCGGAUGUGACGUAUUUUUGGCAACAACUUCUUACAAGAUAUGGUAAACUUUUAGUAUACAAACCAGUAUUAAAGCAAGAUCUCGUAAACAUUAAAGAGAAAUGAUAGGUACGUGUGCGGAAUUGCGGAAUGUAUUGGUGAAAUAACAAUAUUGAAACACGAUUAAAAUAAACAUGUGUAUUUAUUAAUAUUUGUAUGACGAUGAAAAAUAUAAUACAAUAGAGAUUUUCUUCAAGGCACGA